AUGAACGAUUCCCAAUUCGAGGUCAUUAUUGUCGGGGGUUCAAUUGCGGGUCUUGCACUGGCACACUGCCUACACAGAGCAGGUAUCACCUGUAUUAUCCUCGAAAAACGCUCUAUAAUUGCGGCCCAUGAAGGAGCGUCUGUUGCAAUCAUGCCCAAUGGGGCGCGAAUUCUGGACCAGCUCGGUCUUUAUGACGCCGUCGAGGGGACUAUCGAGCCGAUGCAUAGUGCUCACGUUCGCUUUCCAGAUGGAUUUCAUUUCAGCAGCCCCUACCCUAAAUCUAUGCAUGAAGCUUUCGGCUUCCCAAUGGGAUUCCUUAGUCGACAGAAUCUACUUCAGAUCCUGUAUGACGGUUAUCCAAUAAAGUCCAACAUAUUCGUGGACAAAACUGUUGUCCGUGUUGAACAAAAAAACCAAGACUGUGUACUUGUCCACACACAAGAUGGACAUUCUUACGAGGGAGACCUAGUUGUUGGAGCUGACGGGGUCCAUAGUUGUGUGCGGACACAAAUGUGGCAAAACGCUGAUGCGCUGCGGCCUGGAGUGAUUACCGAGGCCGAAAAGAACGGGAUGACCGUUGGCUAUGCCUGUAUUUUCGGAAUUUCCUCUGAGAUCCCCGAGCUAAAGGUUGGCCAUAUGCACUUGAGUGUCUACAACGGAAAAUCAUUUAUCAUUGCCCCUGGCGUCGACAGGCGGCGGCUGGCCUGGUUUGUCGUGGUAAAGCUGGAUAAAACCUAUCCGUACGGCAGUGCGCCGCGCUUCUCGCGCACAGAUGCUGCCUUAUUAUGCGAACAGUUGACUGAUAUGUACAUAUGGAGGGGCGUUCAGUUUGCGCAGCUAUGGCAAAACCGUGAGAUCUACGGCAUGACAGCCUUGGAAGAGAACAUAUUCCAGACGUGGCACUGUGGUCGCAUUGUUUGUAUUGGAGACAGCAUGCACAAGAUGACGCCAAACCUUGCACAAGGAGCCAACUGCUCUAUUGAAGAUGCUGCGUCCUUAGCCAAUAUACUACAUGAUGCUUUGAAUACGAAGGCUUUCCCACAUAAGCUUUGUGGUCAGGAGAUCGACCACCACCUGCGCCGAUUCAAUAAAAUACAAAUUGAUCGCAUGGCCAAGAUUUACAGGGCUUCGCGAAUAGUGGUGAGAUUGCAGACACGAAGUAGCAUUUUCUGGAGGUUUAUUCUGCGAUAUUACGUGCCAUACGCUGGAACUCAACCGACGGAAAAAGCUCUGAAGAUUCUCGAAGACGCCGUGGCCCUAAACUUUAUCCCGCUCCCGCAACGUUCAGGCCCUCGAUGGGUAAUGCCCAGGAAGCAAAAAAGGACCAAUUUCGCAUGGGCUUGGGCUGCUUUAGCAUUCCUGCUGUUAGCACUGAUAUGGGGACCUUAA